AUGUUCGUCUUCUCGCUUGUGUUGGUCCUUCCUUCGUCUUCUUUUUACUCCUCUUCGUCCGCCAUCACCUCUUCCUUUCCUCUUUCUUCAUCGCCUUCUUCUUCUCUCAUCAUUCUUCAUCUUCGUCUUCCUCAUUUCCUCCUUCUCUCAUCAUUCUUCUCCUCCUCCUCUUCCUUUCAUCCUUCUUCUUCUUCUUCUUCUUCUUCCUCCUCCUCCUCCUCCUCCUCCUCCUCCUCCUCCUCCUCAUCAUCAUCAUCAUUCUUCCUCUCUUCCUCUUCUUCUUCCUUCUCCUCCUCUCAUCAUUUCUUCAUCUCCUCCUCCUCUUCUUCCACCUCCUCUUCUUCCACCUCCUCUUCUUCCUCCUCCUCCUCUUCUUCCUCCUCUCUCUUCGUCUCCUCCUCUUCUUCUUCUUCCUCCUCCUCCGCCUUCUUCUCCUCCUCCUCCUCCUCCUCCUCCUUCUCCUCCUCUCAUCAUUCUCCAUCUCCUCUUCUUUCUUGA